UUUCUGACCAGUCAGCAGGCGAGGCGCGGGCUUCGGUUUCACCAGCUAGUGUUUGCCGCCUGGGUUCCCGCGACCCCAACGUCCCAGGGCGGGGUCGGUGGAGGUGCUCCUUGGAGCUUAUCUCUGUUCCGGCUUAACAAACAGACCUGGGCUUGGCGGAGGUUGCGGAUACUGAGCAUUUGAAAUUGAAUAAAUCAUUCACCAACUAUCAUGGAGCCUCCAUAUCCUCUUGCAGUGUCCCAGAUGAAUACCAGGUUUUCUUCAAGCAGGAUGGUACCUUUUUACUUUCCUCCAUCAAAGUGUGCACUUUGGAACCCAGUGCCAAUUGGAGAUUUCAUCUAUUUACACCUUAAUUACUACAGAAAUCCAAAGCUUGUGGUAACUGAAAAGACCAUCCGACUUGCUUGUCGACAUGCCAAGCAGAAUAAAAAGAACUUGCCAUGCUUUUUACUUGGUUCUCUCACAGUAGAUGAAGAUGAAGAAAGUGUGAAAUUGACAGUGGAUCGCUUUGAUCCUGGUCGAGAAGUACCUGAGUGCUCUGAAAGAACACCUACUGCUUCUCUUCCUGAGGACUUUGUGAUUCCAUGCAAAGUUCAUACUCAUGGACUUUGUUCAAGAGAAAUAAUAGUUCACAACACAGAUAACCUCAGUUCAGCUUUUAAGGCUCUGCAGCACCAUGUAUGUAGCAAAGAUUCUUUGGAUUGUGGUAAACUGCUUUCUGUAAGAGCUCAUAUCACUUCCAGGGAGAGUCUGGAUGCUGUGGAUUUUGACUUACACUGGGCAGCAGUAACUCUAGCAAAUACCUUCAGAUGCACACCAGUGAAGCCCAUCCCCAUUAUUCCAACAGCUCUGGCAAGAAACUUGAGCAGUAAUCUGAAUAUUUCUCAAGUUCAAGGUACCUAUAAAUAUGGGUAUCUUACCAUGGAUGAAACGCGCAAGUUGUUACUUUUGCUGGAAUCUGAUCCCAAAGUUUAUUCUCUACCGUUAGUGGGAAUAUGGCUCUCUGGCAUUAUACAUAUCUAUAGUCCUCAGGUAUGGGCUUGCUGCUUGCGAUACAUGUUCAGUUCUUCUAUUCAAGAAAGGGUUUUCUCAGAAUCUGGAAAUUUCAUUAUAGUUCUAUAUUCUGUAACACAUAAGGAUCCUGAGUUUUAUGAAUGCCUCCCUUGUGAUGGUCCCUUACCAGACCUUCGAUUCCAGCUACUAACCAGCAAGGAAACAUUACAUCUUUUCAAAAAUGUUGAACCUUCUGACAAGAAUCCAAUACAUUUUGAACUGAGUGCUGAAAGCCAAAAUGCAGAAACAGAGUUUUUCAACAGAGUUUCUAAGAAUCUUUCAAUUAAGAGGUCUUCCCAAAAAUUAACUCCAGGGAAAAUGCCAAUAAGUGAUCAUGAUUCUGGUGUUGAAGAUGAAGACUUUUCUCCAAGACCAAUUCCAAGUCCUCAUCCAGUGAGUCAGAAGGUCUCUAAGAUCCAACCAUCAGUUCCAGAACUUUCACUUGUGUUGGAUAGCAAUUGCAUCGAAUCAAACCCUCUGCCUCAUACUUUGGAAGUGGUGAAUAAUGAAAAUCCUCCUUUAGUGAUUAGCCAUUCUGAACACUUGCAACCACUGCAACCCCAGCUUUAUGAUGAGAAGCACAGCCCAGCAUCUGGAGCUGGAGAGCCUUCCUCGGAAGGGCUACCAACUCAGUUAAACCAGGGCACUGCUCCUUUGGGGCACUGUAAAGUAAGACAGCCAUCAACCUGUAAGAAAGAGAACCCCUAUAUAAAGAACAGUGUUAAACCAUCUUCUCUCAAUGGACCAUCUCCUGAUGCAUCUGAAAAGCUGCAAACAGUUUCUUCUGGAAAUGUACCCAAGGAAGAAUAUCCUGUAAGAUCUUCCACAUUUAAUUCCAGGCAGUCUUCUCUUGCUGCACAGUCUCACCCACACAAUUUUAUUUUUUCACCUCAUAAUUCAGGAAAACCAAUGGAAUUUCAGAUACCUACUCCUCCACCACCGUCUUACUAUUCCACAAAUAUUUGCAGUUGUUGUCAACAUCAUGGCCAUAUUCAAUACAGUCCCAUAAAUUCUUGGCAAGGAAUGAAUACAGUAGGAUCCAUUCAAGACCUCCAGUCUGAAGCUGUUCAGAAACAUUCAUUAUUUCACCCAACUGGAUGUCCAGCUAUGUAUCAUAAUGCAUUCUAUUCUUCAAGCAGCCCCAUAGCUUUGAGACCGCAGGGAAGCAUGGGCGGUUGCUCUCCCCACAGCAGUGUAGAACCGUCUCCUGUGGCAAGACUGCCUUCACACGUGGACUCCUGUAACCUACGGCCUUGUGCAGUGUGCAUGCACACACCCAACACUGGGGCAGAGCAUGGAAUGAUGGGACUGUCCCCGGAUGCAUAUAGGUUCCUCACAGAGCAAGACAGACAGCUGAGACUACUUCAGGCUCAGAUUCAGCGUUUAUUGGAAGCACAGGCUCUUCAGCCCUGCUCCCCUAAGACAACCACUGUGGGAGACACGGGGCAGGCUGCAGCACAAGUGGAGUGGGUUUCCAUGGAAGCACAGUCAUCCCCGGGUGUACACAUGAAAAAAAGUGUAAGCAUUGCUGUGAGCACAGGUGCCAGCUUGUUUUGGAAUGCAGCAGGGGAUCAUCAAGAGCCUGACUCUCAGCUGAAGCAAGAUGAUACCAAGAUUUCCAGUGAGGACAUGAAUUUUUCUGUCGAUAUUAAUAAUGAAGUCACAAGUCCUCCAGGCAGUGCGUCUUCAUUAAAAGCAGUUGAUAUUCCCAGUUUUGAAGAGAGCAACAUUGCUGUGGAAGAAGAACUUAAUCAGCCACUUUCUGUAUCCAACAGCUCUUCUCCAGAGGUGAGAAAAGAACCUGAGGUGCCUGUGUUCUUUCCGAAUUCCCUGCUGGCAGAAAGUGUAAACAUGUGCUUACAGAGUAGACCAACAGAGGGUGCUAGUAACAACUCUGUAACUUCUGGGGAACCAAAAAUUGAGCAAGUAAUGCAACCUUCACCGCAUCAAACAUCAGAUAACCAGAAAAUAUACCAGGAUUUAUUGGGUCAGGUGAACCACCUAUUAAAUAACUUUCCCAAAGAGACUGAGCAACCAUCUACCAGUGCAGUAAUUGUCAGCCAUGAGUGUACCAGAACCCAAAAUGUUUACCAUGCAAAGAAAAAAAAACAUGAUUCAGGACUGGUGGACAAAGAUUGUGUUCUUAAUGCAACCCUUAAGCAACUAAGAAGCCUUGGAGUAAAAAUUGAUUCUCCCACUAAAGUGAAGAAAAGUGCACAUAAAGUGGAUCAUGCUAGUGUGCUGGCCUGCAUCAGCCCUGAGGCGGUGAUCUCCGGAUUGAACUACGUGUCAUUCUCUAAUGCUGGCAUGAGCGGCUUCAGCCCAAAUGGUGUGGAUCUGAGCAUGGAGGCAAAUGCUAUAGCUCUGAAAUACCUAAAUGAAAAUCAGCUGUCACAACUGUCUCUCACUCGAUCAAACCAGAACAACUGUGACUCAUCUUUUAGCCUUCUGCAUAUUAAUGCAGACAGGAGCACAGUGGGGCUUAGUUUAAUUUCACCAAGCAACAUGUCUCUCGCAACCAAAAAAUAUAUGAAGAGAUAUGGACUCAUCCAAAGCAGUGACAAUAGUGAAGAUGAAGAGGAGCCUCUGAAGAACACCGAUAGCAAGAGUGAACAUUUAUUGAAUCAAAACCUCACGUCCAUACCUGAACAACUUGAUUGUCAGAAGGAGCCUUCUAGGAAUGCCUGUGAAAGAAUUAGUUGUAAUAACUGUGAACCCUCGGGCACCCACACAGAUAUGCUGGUAUUGAGAAAUAUUACAAAUGAGGUUCCGCCAAAAGCAGCACAGCAGUUGAAUGAAAACCCAGCUGUCUUAUUAAAGAACCUUAAAUCAAGUCCUGUAGUCAACCUCCGAACCGGAAAAGCAGAGUUUACCCACCAUCCUGAAAAAGAAAAUGAAAGGGAUACUCCAGUUUUUCCUGAAGGUCUGAAACCUUCUGAAACUUUAAAGCAAAUGAAUAGUAUGAAUUCCGUAGGCACCUUCUUAGAUGUAAAGCGUCUCAGGCAGUUGCCAAAAUUAUUUUAAACCUUUUACUCCCUUCUCUCCUAAUUGAGGAGAGGGUGUCUCCUGAAGAUGCUUAGAGAAGCCAGAGCCUAUUGGUAGUUUGGGGAUUCCUAAUUACUCUGAGGGUCACCCUGGUUUUGGUAACAGCUGACUGCAAAGACCUGAAGGAGUGACCCAAUUGCCUAUGAGUUGGCUGACUGGUGGGAGGGCUGAGUUCCCUCUGUUAGAGAGCUUUUCAGUGUCCCUGAAACCUUUUUUUAAAUAAACAAGCCCUGAGAUCAGUUAUUUCAACAAACUUAGGUAAACAGAAACUCUCCAGCUCUGAAUCUGAACUGUUCUUUUCUACUGUGCAUUUUGAAAAGUAAGUCUGUUUUCCUAGCACAUUGCAGCUCUGCAUCUACCCAGUAUCGCCCAAAAGGACAAAGUUAUCAUGACCCUGCCUAAAUUAGCUAAAUCAACCCUUACUGAAUUUAACAGGAAAGUUUUGUUUUUAAAAAAUAAUUUGAGAUCUUUUCUUACAAGGAGUGUAUAUGUCUUCUUAAAUUAAGAUGUCUAUUUGUUAAAUUCUAUGGAAGUAAAACUUUAGAAAUAUAGUGGGUUGAGGUAAUGUACCAUGUUCAACAUAUAGCUCUAACUAUUGCAGAAUAAGAAAAUUAUUGGGUAUGAGUGUGUUUUAUAAGCUUUGUGAGUUUUUCAAAUGUUUUAGUUUUUAAUAGAACUAAAAUACGUAUUAAAUUUAAUUAAAAUGUC